GGUUGCCAUGGUGCUGGUCCACCACCAUGUCGGUUCACCGAAUCAAAUCGCGCUCAGGCCGCUCGCAGGUCGACAGCCCAACGUCUCAGAGCGGACACAACACUAAGAGGAACGUGUCUUUGCAAAAAAUCUCCGACAAAACCGUGACAGAAGAUCAGGCGGAUGGAAGGGUUCCUGGUGUGCAAAGAAAAAACACACUAGCCUGGACAUUUAUUUCUUCUGAACAAAUCUCUGAUCUAAUCCAACUAACAGUGGAUGGAGUCCAAAAAAGAUUGGCGGAAAUUCUACAGCUCAGACUUUUCGAGUAUAGCAUGAAACAAGGCAUCCUCUUGGAUUAUUAUGUUUCCGGGUUUUGGUGGGCAAAAGAACAGAACUUCACAAUGAUACAAAUAUCUACCUUCAUGACUCUAUUGAAAACCAUUUUGACGAAUGUCAGCGAGAAACGCUUGUCAUUGUUAGAUAAUUUAAAAGAACUCAAGAACAUCAUGGCUAAAAUUGUUCAGUCAAGCUCAGAAAAGAGUGAUGGUGGGGAAUUCUUUACCGUCGACCAAGGCAAAGCCAUUAUUAAUUACAUGAAGAUCAGUUUAUUUCAGCAUUACAAACUGUAUGAGUUUCUUUACACUCAAACUCCAGAUAUACAGAUUCUAGACACGAAGCUUAAUGUAGAAGUCAUCAAAUCAGUUGAUCCUUUCCCUUCUCCGCUGGAGGAGAGUUUAACCUGGGAUAUCUUCUCCUCCUACGUUUUGCCACAGUCACCAGAGGAGUUCAUAGAGGAGGCUGCAGUGGAAGUUGAGGAGAGCAGUGAAGAAGCCCAGAUCACACCUGUGGAUCCUUUGGCAGGUUACACCAUAGAUGAUGUCAAAUCAAUACUGGGUGAAGUAACAGCAGAUGUGCUCAGGAAUUUACAGACUGAGAUAAAUGAAAGACUUCAGAAACAGGAAGAGGCCUACACUGUGAGAAUCAACAAACUUAUCCAGCACUGAGAUAUGCGGCAAGAGAAUCCGUCUCUGAACGCUGUAAACUGAGGUUAUGCUGCUUGUGAGCAAAUUUCUUUUCAAAGUAGGCUAUAACAAGGGUAGAUAUCAAAAGUCUUCAUUUUGUUCUCAAAAACAUAUUUGGUGUUUGGGGAGAAUUUGGAGCCAUGCAUCAUGUUUGUUGUGUCUGUGUUCUGUAAUGUGGCCUUACAUGUAUGUAAACAAGUUGUGGCUUAUUUUUGAAUGUAGUGCCUAUUAAAACUACUUCUGUUGAAA